AUGGCCAUCAUCGGGGCCAAAGAGCAUCAUGUCGACCCGCAAUUGUCGCAAAUUGCGCAGAAUGACAAGACGAUUUGGUACAAGAAGCCGAACCUGCGGUUCCUCUAUCUUAUUCUCAUCCCAACCGGGCUCGGAGUUGAGUGGACCUCAGGCUUCGAUUCUUCCAUGAUGAACAGUCUCCAAGCUGUUUCGUCUUGGUUCGAAUACUUUGGCCGUCCUAAUUCUUCAAGGCUUGGCCUUCUUAGUGCAAUCUACUCUCUGGGCGCUCUGAUGGCCAUCCCAUUCGUCCCUUACUUCAGUCAGCGUCUUGGUCGUCGACGAACUAUCCUGAUGGGAUCGUGGAUCAUGGUUCUGGGCGCUGGGCUCCAAGCUGGGUCCAGGAACGUCGAUAUGUUUUUGGCCUCGCGAUGGAUUCUGGGUUUUGGUAUCCCAUUUGCAAUCAUCAACGCUUCCUCGCUCAUCGGCGAACUUUCCUAUGCCAAGGAGCGUCCAAUUAUGACAAGGUUAGCUGGAAUCGCUCCUUCCAUCGUAGCAGCAGGCAUCACAUUCGGCACUUUCCAAAUGAGCACCACAUGGGCUUGGAGAAUUCCUAGUCUACUUCAACUCGUACCCAGCGGUUGUCAGAUUGUCUUUAUGCCGUUCUGCCCGGAAUCGCCCCGCUGGCUGAUAUCAAAAGACCGUGGCGACGAGGCUUUCGCAAUUCUCAGCAAAUACCACAGUGAGGGGGAGAACGGCGAAGAAUUUGUCCGUCUUGAGUAUGCUCAGAUCAUAUCCACUAUCCAGCAAGAGAAAGAGGUCGCCAGUAAAUUUCUCUGGGCCGAUGUCUUCCGUGAUGCCGCCAUGCGUCGUCGUUUCAUGUUGGCUGGUAUCAUGGGCUUCUUCACACAGUGGUCUGGCAACGGAUUGAUUUCUUUCUACAUGAAGAAAAUUCUUAACCUUGUUGGUAUUACGGACAACCACACUGUGCAGAAGUUCAUUUUGGGUAACACGUGCUGGGCCCCACGUUUUGCGAGAAGGAAAAUGUUUCUCACGUGUACAAUCGGUACUGCGUGUGUUUACACCGUCUGGACCGUCGCAUCGGCCAGGUUCGCCAUCGAGCAAUCCCAAAAAGCUGCUAUCCCAGUUCUGGUCUUCAUAUUCGUUUAUUCGCCGUUCUACAAUAUUGGCUGGAAUGCUCUUGCGGAAACCUUUGAGGCUAAUAUCACAUAUAGAGCGAAGGGAAUCGCGGUGGAACAACUUACCGUUCGCUUUGCCGUUUUCUUCAACACCUACGUCAACCCAAUUGCGCUCGACUCCAUCGGCUGGAAGUACUAUAUUGUGUAUUGUGUAUGGAUCUUGGUGGAGAUCUUGACGGUCUACAUGAUCUUCCCCGAGACUCAAGGCCGCACCCUUGAAGAGCUGAGUUUCAUGUUCGAGGGCAAAGAUGUGCAGGACAAGGUUCAGAAGAAUGCUCAGAAGGUGCUCCAAGUCGAGCUUGAGGAUAUUCACGAACGACCGGUCUCACGUGAAUCACGGGGUGCGGCUGGAAACACAAAGGUGUAA